GUUUCCUCGGAUGUCAUCAUUUCGAUCGGUACACGCCGGGACAGAACACACAUUUCCAGUUAACUGCUAGUUGCCUAUCUUGAUAUAUUCCAAAGGCAAUUGUUUCUGUUCUGAUUUUGGGUUAUAGUGGAGCACUGAUACCAUAUCAUAUUGCUGGUGAUUGAUUGGAGGAACCCACUAGCUAGCUGAAUGGCUGAGAGUUCUAUUCUGGAAGAUUGUGACAGUUCUAUACAAGAUGAACAAACAACAAUACAAUCAAGCUGCAAACUUUCCAAGAAAGCUGAAAAACGUCUGAAGAAGUACCAAGCUAUUGUGCAAUUAAAAAAACUGAAGAGAAAGGAGAAGAAGGAAAGAAGGCGUGCGAGAAAGAGAGAGGAAAAAGUUUGCGACUGUAAUGAUGGAGAUGAUGAAGUUGGUCAAUCAACAGAAGUACUUAAAGGAAACACUGCACAUACAGAGAAAGGGAAAGAAACUAAAAGAGACAGGUGUCGAAUGAUACGAACAAGAUUGAAAAAUGCAAUGAAAGAUGGUCUCUGUAUCUGCAUAGACUGUGGCUUUGAAAAAAACAUGGACAAAAAAGAAAUCUGUAAACUAUCCCAACAGCUUGGAAGACUCUAUGGUUCCAACCGUCAAGCUCAGAAACCAUUUCAUGUGUACUUCACCAAUUUGGACACAGAGGGUACAAUUUACAAAGAAUGUGUGCGGGUGAACUGUGGAUUUGAAGACUAUAUCAUCGAUAAGGUUGAAAAUAGUCACUUUGAUAUUUUUAGGAAGGAUGAAAUUGUUUAUCUGUCACCAGAUUCCAGCAAUGUUUUGGAAACUUUAGACCCAGAUAAAGUGUACAUCAUUGGCGGACUAGUUGACGAAUCACCACAAAAAAACGUUACACUGAGUAAUGCUGAUGUGAAUGAAAUUUAUACGGCUCAUCUCCCGAUUGCCGAGUACAUGGAAAAAACAGAUGGAAAAUUCAGUUAUUCCAAAAUACUCGCAAUUAAUCAAGUUUUUGAUAUUUUGUUAACUUACCACAACACAGGGGAUUGGAGGGAAGCAUUGCUCACUGGCGUACCUGCAAGGAAAGGAUACGUUUUAAAGGAAUACGAGACUGGGAAUGAAACUGAGACAACAAUUUUGCAAUAUUCAAAACUAACUCUUUAGUAUAAGCAUCACGUUAGGGUGACCUCAUUUCCAAGUACUGUAUUGAAACGACAGACUGGUGAUUCUGACCAAUUUCAUGAAAAAAAACGCAUUAUUUUCACAUGUUUAUAAAUGAAAAUUAAUUAAUUCCAUUACCAGUAUCAUCAUUAAUUGUAAUUAAUGAUGUAAUGAACAUCAAGGGGAGAUAAAGUGAAGGGCAGGUAAGUUCAGUAUACAGGGUUUAAUAUAAUGAAUGCGUAUUCACAAAAAAUAUGAUGCAUUCCUCGUAUGUACAGCUUCAAAAGGCUUCAAAACCGCAAAAUUUCCAGUAAAUAAUGUUGCCAUGGCAACCACUGCCUGACUGAAUCUGCUAUUGUAAAUAUCAAAUUAUAUAUAGAAUGUUUUUAUCCUAGAUCUAUUAUUCAGGAUGCGCAUCUACAUUUUUGCUCAUUGCUUGUAUUUUACCUCAUUAUUACCAUAGUUACAAAGGGAAUGCCAUUCUCCAAGCCUCAACUGAUUUCUGCUCUUGGUGACAUAGUUGAAGGACAGAAUCAGUCUCUGGCAUAGGCAACAUUUUACACCUAAAUACGAGGAACUAUACUUAUGGUUGAUGUGUUUUUAUAUAUUUUAUAUAAAAACAUUUCUUCAAGCCAAAAUUCAGCAAAUUUGAUGAACAGCCAUGGAACUGCUGCCAAACACAAAAAAGUAGGCCUGCUCUUGAGCACAAUGAUGUGAAGCAGCCUCACCGUCGCUUUCUGUAGAACGAUCAGCAUGAAAAUCGUGUAAAUGGGACUAGCAAUGUAAUUGUCAAAACUAUUCCAAUAAAUUACAGAAAACAAAUGCUUUCCGGUUAAGUGAGAUCAUAACGUUCUGUUCGUCAUUUUACUGUUCUUGCGUAUCACUAUUGAUGUUCAAGCA